AAUAACAAGAAUUGGCCGUAUGGAUCUAUAUCCAAAGCCGUAAAACAUCUAUUAAAUAAAAAAAGUCUAUGAUUUUUUAUCUGUAUCCCAUUGCUUGUUUUUUUUUUAUAAAUGUCACUUUGUCUUUGUCACUUGUCAAAUUACUCGGUGCCUGUCAGUCAGUCAUAAUUCCUAUUUUACGAAAAUACGUAAAAUUAUUUAUAAAAUCGUACGUGAAUUAUACACUAAAUAAGAGAUGCACAGCUAAAUAAAAUGUCUUCGUUGAAUGAGCCGGUUCUUAACAUCAUAGUAAUCGGGUUCCAUCACAAAAAAGGAUGCCAGGUAGAGCAUUGUUACCCGGAGUUGGUCCCCGGGCGCCCUACAGAACUGCCAGCGGCCUGGCGACAUCUGCCCGCACUGGCUCUUCCUGAUGGCUCUCACAAUUAUCUGUCAGACACAAUAUUCUUCAAUUUACCUGGAUUAAGUGAGCCAGCCCAUACUGUGUAUGGGAUAUCAUGUUUUCGACAAAUCCCUGUAGAACAAGUCGUCCAGAAGACUGAGGAUAUGACCCGUAGCUCUGUUCAAAAGAGUGUUUGUGUGAUUUGUCGAGCACCCCUAUUUGGACGUCUAGCCGUCAAAUUGGAGCUGGUGGUCCGAGCGUGGUUCCUGCAGGGAGAUUUCGCACAGACUAAGCUUUUGGAAGAUGCUUACAAACACCUCAAUAGUUGCCCCGUCCAGCUGGACCAGAUACUGGAAGGAUUAUCAGUGCAGCGUCUAGUAGAAAAUUGGCGUCAUAAAGCACUGCUGUUGUUCAAAUUACUGCUGCUGAGACGCAAAGUGUUAAUCUAUGGUGCGCCUGCCGGUGCUCUAUCUGCCGCUCUGCUUACUCUCCUAUCACUGCUGCCACGCUGCUUGGACCACGGUCUCACUAAUGCUGCCAAUAUCACGCUAUCAAGACCACUCUCCCCUAUUCCUGUUACUGACAAUAAAACAGCUGAUAAUAUAAACAAUUGUAGUGAAGCACUCAGUGAACCCUAUGUCAAUGGCACAAACCAAACUGAUGAAUUAACUCCAAAAGAAACCGGCAAUAUGCUAGAAGAAAAAGACAGAGUAAGCAGACAAAGUUUUGAUGAGACUAUUCUCACUGAUGUUGUUGAUAGACAAGACCUUUCCACUGGCAGGGAAAAAUGCCACAGUAUUGGGGAGAAAUAUAAAACUCAAAAGACGUUAGUAGAAGCACAACAAAGUCCCACUAUGGCUAGAGAUAUGAGUGUUGAUGGUCUUUAUAAUUUGACGGGACAGAUAGAUCAAGCAGAAUGUGGCUUCCCGUUGCCUUUGUUUCAAGAUGGCUACUUGUGUCUGCCAUAUUUGUCAUUACAAUAUUUGGAUUUGCUAUCUGAUCCAGCAGUUCAGGGCUUCGUGGUGGGUGCGUCUAAUGUCCUGUUCAAGCAAAAGAGGCAGCUAUUUGAUGUGCUUGUGGAGUUGAACGAGAUGAGGAUAGAGACCGGAGAUAUGGUGCUUAGGAGACAGCUGGCUCUGGGGACGGAGGACUUACGUUUCGCGGACCACGUUGUGCGUCAUGGGUCUACUCAAGGCGACGCGUGGAUAAGAGAUCAAUUUUCUAGUUACCUUUUUUAUCUCUUACGGACAUCUUUAUUGCCAGAGGGUAGCCGUGAAAUAGACUCGUACAACGCUCAGUUCAUGAGCGCGUUCAAGUCGACGCCGGCCUACCAGCGCUGGCUGGAGAGCACCAACAACGGAGAGAUCGAGGCAUUCUCCAACCUCGCGCCAGUCCAUCCCUUCUCGGGGCAACUCUCCGUAGCCGACAUGAAGCUCAAGUUCGCACACACAAUGUCUACAACCGAGGGCGGGCGAAAGGUGACCGCGGCGGUGGCGAGCACAGGGCGGGCGGUGGCCACGACAUCUCGGGCCGUGGGCGGUGCCCUGUCGCAGGCACGAGGCGCCCUCUCCGGCUGGUGGUCGGCGCUCACUGCGCCUGCGCCGUUGGAGGCCAACGACAACCCGCCCUCCGACGCCGAAGACGCCGCCGAACUCCACGCCGACGCCGCCGAAAACGCCGCGGACCUCCUCGACGACAACCGGCGGCCCGACCGCCCCGACCCUCCCGAUAAGUCGAUCGACGACACCACCGCCAACAUCGGUAAGAUACAAGUCAUUUAGUGGCCGAUCAGUUCCUAGUUACGAUGUGAUGUGGGUAUAUUGACCAGUGUAGGGUUGGAAUGUUAAGUUUGAACAUCUCAUUCUUUAGGCUUAAUGCGUUGUUGACACACGCAGGG